UUCUUUUACUGUAUCAGAGUUUUCGGGGCCAUUUACCAAACACUCAUCGGGUAAGCGCAUAAUGACAAGAGUCGUCGCCCCCACUUACCUUAUCGGUUAACAUCCUCGUUCAUCAAAAUGGAUUGUUGGUAAAGCAUCUCUUACGUGGUAAGCACUAACCAGAUAAGAGUCUUGUCCUUCACUUCCUAGGUAAAAUUCCAAGUGUUUGCUAUUCCUCUUACCGGGUAAGAUUAUUGGUCCUUGUCAUGCUCACCUUGCAAGGUAAGUGACACCUAGUAAGAGCUUGGUAAACGGCCUCUAGUCUUUCCUGUCUUUACGAAAUGAUGUUUUUGGUUUUCCUGAUUUUAGUGCAUGCCAGAGGUAAUUUUUCUUCUUGUGUUCCCAUGUUUGUUUUAUCUAAUGUCCCUUGCAAUAUAUUGUUGCUUGUUUGCACACGUUUCUCUGCUACUUCUCUCACAUGUUUUUUUUUUAAUUUUCGUUUUGCUAGUCAAGGUAUUCGCCGAAACAAUCUCACUACCCAUUGUGGUAAAGGCAAGGUUGGCACUAUUAUGAAAACUGAAGACGCUGAAAAUGCCAAAGAUGCAGGAGCAAAAUUUGUCAUGAGUCCUGCAAUCGUAGAGGGCAUUCUGGAUCAAGACAAUGACGAUUUUCUAUAUAUACCUGGUGUGAUGACCCCAUCAGAAAUACUGUCAUCAUAUAAUGCUGGUGCCAAAAUUGUGAAGGUAUAUCCUGUUUCAGCAGUUGGUGGUGUUGGGUACAUAGCCACUCUGAAGAAGCCUUUUCCUCAUAUUCCUAUGGUCGCAUCUCAAGGAAUAACAACUGAUUCAGUGGGGGAAUAUAUUGCUAAGGGAGCAUCAUCAGUUGUCCUAUCUGACGCUAUAUUUGACAAAGAGGCGAUGGCUCAAAGAAACUUCAGUGCAGUAUAUCGGCUGGCCCAGUUUGCAGCUUCACAAGGCAAUGAAGCUGUAGAAAGGAAGAGAAAGAUCUAUGCCAGUUAAUAUCAUUUCAGCAUCUGUCUUUUGACCCAGAUGGAAAAUUGAUAUGGAGAUGCGAUAUGCCUGACCAUGUUUAUCUAGUCAGAAUACCAUGGAGGUGAAGCCAUUUUUAAAAUCUUAUUAACGCAGAAAACCUCCAUUUGUAUGACUAUGGUCUUGUUUGUUUUGCAAUGGUUUGGUUUAUAAAAGUUUCCACGUAUAUGAAGAUUGUAGAUAUAUAUAUACACACACACACACCAGUAUCUUGUCAUACUUGUACAUAUCAACCAUCCCACUACGGUUGUAAGGUCGAUAGGACCAACUCUUUUUUUUUUAAUUCGUAUCUAUACAUCUGCAUAUUACAUUUAUGGUGCGUUUGGUUUACAGGAUGGAAUGGAAUUGGAGGGAUUUGGAUUUGA